AUGGAGACGGCCAUCGCCAUGUCCGUAGAAGAUGCGGAAUCGAACCGUCUGGAAGAAAGUCUUUCCAACAGCAGCACGACAACGGACAAGAAGCGACCCAUCGUACCGUCCAAGCGAAGCCAGGAGGGCACAGAGGCAGUCUUCUUCCGUUGCUUCUUUAUCCUUCAAAUAGGACCACCAGGACAAGCCAACGAGACCCAGCUGUGA